UCCCCAUCGGCCCCACACCCUCCGACCCAGCCCCAUCAGGCCCCAACUCCUUAUUAACCUAAUUUAUGAGAGGUGUUGGAAAUGUUGGAGCGAGUCGAGAGUCGUCAGGAUACCAACCUACAUAACUAGGCAGUCGUCAUGGAUUUUGUCAAUAAGAUCUUGACAUUUGUACAAGAUCUUCGGAAAGACACGACGGAGAAUGAUUUUGAUUCCGACUCACUUGACCUACCAGAUGAUUAUAUGCCAUACAUGACAUAGGCACUCCUUCGCCGAUUGUACUCACAACAGAUCCUGAGACCCCAGGUGUUGCGAUUAUAGAACCCGGGGAUGUUGCCGGGGUAGACUUUGAAUUGGCCAAGAGGAAAAGAUGCAAACCUAAAAAAUCUGAAGGCUGCACUGACCCAACCAGAAAGAAACCUCGUGUGGAUGCAAUCGAUGACGUGCCAUUAGUCCUCGACCCUCUGAAGAAACCACUUGCUAGACAAUACAAGACGGUCGGCAAGUGGUUGCUUGGUGAUAUUCCAAACAAGACGAAGAGGGACGUCCAAACCGGGAUGCAUGGUCCGAGUUGGUUUCUGACACCGAAGACACCACAGUUUUGGCUCGAUGAUGGGCAUAUUGAUGUGGCCGAGCAUAUGCUACGUAGGCAUCGCCAGUUCUAUCCUGAGGCAUAUCGACAAGAUGCCGUUGUGAUAAAUAUUUUGUUCUCACAAGAGGUACCGACCCAUUAUGACACAUAUCAGAAUGCCAAGGAAGAGGAUACAAAAAUGUUUUUGUGGGAUUCAGAUGUGCUGUCAAUGAUUACGGGCAUUGACAAUCAAUUUUUGGCGUCGUGGAAGGGGAUAGACACUGUAUAUUGGUGCCAGAACUACCUUCAAGCGCAUUGGUUUGCAGUUGAAGCAUCCAUUUCUACUUGGACUCUGAAUGUUUAUGAUUCAUACGUGAUGGUGAUAAGUGACAAACAACUGCAAUCCUUUAUGAAGUCAUGGUCUACUUUGUUCCCAUUGCUGUUAUUACAGGCACAUCUUUUUAAGGACGACCAUCGGUUGACGAUUCCACCUGGAGCUAAAAGAUGCAAAUAGUUCAACGUGAACCGCACGUCAGUUGAUUCAGUACCCCAAACCAA